UGUGAGCAAUGAUGAUUGUAAGGUGAUAGUGUGGUUGUAGUUAGUCGAGGUGACUGAUGAUGGCGGUUGUGCGGUAAGGGCUGAUGGUUAUAUGGUGGUGCUAGAGGCAGGGGCGGAGCUACGGUAGAGGGUGCGGGUUCGGGCGAACCCAGUGACUUUUUCCGAGACCCUGUAUUUGUAUUGAAAAAUUUACUCUUUAUAUAUAAAUAUAUCCUACCGAACCCAGUAACAAAAUGUGUCUGGGUUCAAUGGUAAGAGUUUUGGGUUUGCUCGGAGAGCACAGGGGUUCGAAUCCUGCUUAUCCUGCUUUACGCGGGUAAGAGUUUUCUUGUUUUUUACAUCGUGGCUGUUUCCUCUCCAACAACAAAAACACUAUUUUCCACCGUUAAAGAGCCUUCUUACUCAAUUGAAAACCAAUAGCUUUUCUCCAUGAAAGUUGUUCUCAAACUCCAGUUCCAAAACACCUCAAACUUCAGCUACAAAACUCCAUUAAACUCCCACAAAAAUCAGCAAAAAUCAGCUCCCAAAACCCCCUUUUACACCAAUAGUGGGAGAGGAGUGGUUGUGAGGAAAGCUGGGUUGAACUUAGGAGGGAGGAAAGCGGAAGCAGAGAAGAUGUUUGGGUUAAUGGAUGAGUUCUUGAAGAAUGAUGCAGUUAGUUUACAAAAAGAUAUUCUUGAUCAUGUUGAAUUUACUGUUGCUCGAUCAAGAUUCAAUUUUGAUGAUUUUGAAGCUUACCAGAUUAUGGUAUUGGUCCCAACAGUGCAUGAGGUGCAUCAGAUCCUUGCAUACGAAGACUUGAGAUUCUGUUAUUGGUCCCAGCAGUACGUGAGGUGCGUCAGCUCAGAUUCUUGCAUACGGAGACUUGAGGUAGAUCUUCUGGCGUCCGCUGACCUUGAAGUCCCCUUACUCUUCCCCCUUUUACUGUUCAUUGCCUUCGAAAUAGUUGUAUAUAUUUCAGACUCUGUUUGUAAAACUUCUAGUUGCUCAUGUAUUCGUGACUCCGUAUCUUUGGAAGUAAAUAUUAUCACAUGAAUUAUGUUGGUACUA